AAUUAUUGACACUGUACUACCGAUGAGAGAACCUUGCUCACUGUUUUUGGUAUCGUUGUUGGUAAUUUUUGAAUUGUAGUAUGAGUCUUCAUAAAUCGAAACAGAUUGUUUUCCUGUUUUCUGCUAUUACUAUCUUUUUUCUAAUGAUUACUUUUAAAACUAAAAAUAAUAUGUUGACAAGUCAAAAUCAUGCCUGGCAAACUGAAUCUGAUUUAAAGGAUAGACCUACGAUCGAUAUGUUCCCCACAUUUAUGGAAACGGAAGAGAAACUCCGACAAGACGCAGUUUUAUCGGUAUUUGCAAACACAACUGAUGGAGUUGGCUCGAUGGGACACACAGAUCCAACAAUGAGUAAAUUCUUCAUUAAAGACGAAAAACCAAUAUUAUUCGGUGAAUUCUUUAGCGUCAUAGUUGAAGCCCACGACGCAAACGGUCGUCAUCGUGUCCAGGGAGGUGACUUUUGGUACCCAGUUGUCUCGAAUGAAAAUAGAUUUGCUACUGCAGGAAAAGUUAUCGACUUUAAAAAUGGAACUUAUGAGAUAGUUUUUUUCGCCGGGUGGAACGGAGAAAUGACAGUGAACAUUAAACUUGUGCACACAAGCGAGGCUGUUCGGUUCAUCUUACAUGAAAUAUGGCACAAGGGAGGCCGAACAAUAUGGGAAGGUCUAUUCAAAGUAGGAAAAAGGGUUGAGACUUCGUUAUGUAGAUUAGAAACAAGCGGUAUCUGGCAUAAUCAAUGUGAAUACCCGAACCCACAGGCGCUCGGUGGAAGUUUAGUACUACAUUGUGAUCGCCCGCCCACUUUGCCGUGUUCAGCAUUUUAUGCUAUGCAUACAAGUAAAAAUUCUACAGCAAAUGCUACAAAGAUAUAUUCACCAUUAAGAGAAACGCAUGACGACUUUUUUACAAGUAAAAAUAAUUUCGCACGGUUAACAAAUGGACCGAUCCAAUUAAAAAGUGAAACAAAUAAAAGCUUCGACACAAUCGACUCCGUCAUUAAAUCAUUAAAACUACAACGAUGCCGACCGGAUGUACCAGAACCUUUGAGUGAUGGAUUCUGGGAAAAGAAAACAUGGCAUUCAUUUUCUUGCAAUACAAAACAAUGGACACUCGAUGAGAUCAAAGUUUGUGUUAAGGGGAGGAAGCUAUUAUUUAUAGGGGAUUCAACGACGCGGCAGUGGUAUCACAUGUUACUCUCUUACUUUGGAUUUUCCCUUCCAAAAGAUAUGAAACAGACAGCAAUGAAUCUACAAAGCGACAUUUUAAACAUGACUUUUAUGUUCCAUUCGUACAUUGUCAGUGCUAGACUGGAAUUGGACAAUUUGGCAAACUUCGAGGUUGAUCAAUUGGAUUCGUUACCAAGAGACACAUGUGAUUACAUCAUUACAAUAAGUCCCUUUGCCCACUAUGAGCAUUGGACAAAGGAGGCAUAUAUAACUCGUCUUGAAAACAUUCGUACAGGGAUAAUCAAAUUCAGAAAAACUUGCCCAGAAGCAGUUUUUGUCAUCAAAGGCUCGCAUGCCAGACGAGUAAGGGCUGAAAAGAAGAAAGAAAUAAAUGGGUAUUUUACAAGUGAUUUGCUCUUAUACCAGUUUCGAAGGCUCUUACGUGAGACAUUCUCAGGGAUGAACGUUCAUUUCUUAGACAUUUGGGACAUGAAUCUCUCGUAUUACACUCCCAAUACAGUACAUAUGCCACUUGAUGUAAUAUUACAAGAACUCUUUAUGUAUUUUUCUCAUGUUUGUCUGCAAUAAUGUUUCUAACAAUCGAAUGAUAAUUUAGUGGUGAUUAUGUGGGAAGUCAGUAAGAAGUUCAUUACAGUAGUAGUACUGUAUUCAAAUCCUAAAGUCAAAACUGUAAUGAAAAGUUAAAUGUUUUAAUACAUUCUUUGGAAAGUUGUGAAUCAUUCAAAAAGUAUCUUCAAUGCUAUCUUUAUUACAUUUUAGACGAUUUAACAUACACCACAUUUGACUCCGCUCGAUGCAUUAGCAUAGUUAGGACUUUGGCGAGGUAAAAAACUUUAAUACCCACUCGGCAAAAAUGCGAUUACGUCACUUUGGCGACUAAUUCGGUCGGUCUAUUACGAGUGUCAAAUUGAUAUAUUAUGACCACCUAACAAAUGAAAGAUGCUUGCUCUUAUAGGUUCACAAAAAUAAGCAAUACUAUGACUACAAAACAAAAUCAAUAAUCAACCAUGUAAACUUUUGGCCAAUCAGAAUGCAUCAUAAAUGGUUCAUCCUAAACAAUGUAAAUAUACCAAAAUGGCAAGAUAAUAAAAAAUAGAUCAAAAAUAUAAAUGAUGCUCAUUCGUAUUAUGACGGCCACAGAGUGUGCAACUGGUUUUAUUUUUCUUCAUCAUCGAGAAGAACACCAGCUCCAGCCCCAAUAGUACCACCGAUUACAGCUGCUUUAGCAGUCAGCCCCACAGCUCCAGCUGACUGCAAAAUAGCGCACACGCUGCCUGCUGCUACUCCUCCUCCAUUGGCCAAGACUGUGGUAGACAUUAUUGCAGCUGCUGGUGACCCAGCUAGAAUACCGGCUGCUCCGAAACCAAGUGCCGUUGGGGCAAAGGCAACCACAGCUACUCCUGCAGCUCCUGCUGCCACCCAAUUCAUUAACCCUGUAAAUAAUCACACGUCCCAAUGUAUUUAUCAAUUGUCUGUUUAAUAUAUUUUUCUAGUUUGAUAAUUAUUGGUAGCGGCUUAUACUAUACUUUAUCCACAAAAACAACAUGUUAUGUUUAAAAGUAGGCCUAGAUGUAUUAUAUUAUUCAGAUAAUAUAAUUAAAUUAGAUGCAAUGAAGUUGAGUACUGUACUCUGUACAUUAGUGUAGUACCAAUGUAGAAAAUAUGGAGAAAAUAUUUUAUCUUAAUAUAUUUUCUCCAUGUUGUACCUGAUCAAAUGUUGUGAUGUCAAGAUUAUUUAGUUCCUUGGUAUUGUUAUAAAUAAGGAUUUACUUGUUUUAUUAUGGCAUAAUUAUAAAGGUGUACGGUAAGAAUGGCUCCGGAAAAAAAUGGCCCCG